UCUUCCAAGAGGUGUCCACAAAACACCUUCAACUGUAGGGGAUUCAUCAUUUGCUUCUGAUACCCAGUCAUCCAUAUUGAUGUGGCUCCGUGGUCCAAGAUCACUGAAGCAGAUUGUCCUUCUGACCUCAGCAGGUCAGUGAUAGCCUACCCAUGUUACAGUACCUGUGUCAUUCACUUCAUUUCGUCAUGUAGGCAUUGUAUCAUCUCACACCACGAGAAGAAGGAAGUUGGCGCUGGAGAGUGGCAAAUCAGAGGAGACUUGAGGCAGCAGACAGCUUGAGUCAUGGCCUCCGACCUGGACUUCUCACCUCCUGAGGUGCCUGAACCCACUUUCCUGGAGAAUCUGCUGCGGUAUGGACUCUUCCUGGGGGCCAUCUUCCAGCUCAUCUGCGUGCUGGCCAUCAUCGUACCCAUUCCCAAGUCUUACGAAGCGGAGACAGAACCAUCUGAACCCAGAAGUGCAGAGACGACAAGGAAGACCAAGGCUGCCAUUCCUUCUGCCAACAAGAGGCCCAAGAAGGAGACCAAGAAGAAGCGAUAGAGGCGGAGGCCUGAGGAGCCAGGCGGCCUGGGGGCAGUCCUCCUGGGAAUCAACAUCCUGUUUCUUCUCCAUCCCAGGCUCAGUGUCUAGAGGCUGUGAUGCCCUCUGACCACAGAGAUCUGGACAGUCAUGAUGGUCCCCAGGCUUCAGCUGGACAGAUAACACUUCCUCCUCCUGCUUCCAUGGUGGUUUCCAGUCUGGAGACUGAAAUGCCCUGUGAGCAGACCCUGCCCUAGGGCGUUGUUCAGAAGCUAGGUCAGCUCACUGUUACUUAAUCACUGUGGCUAGCCAAUAGGCACCCACCUUGUAGAUUCACACUACACUUCGGAGUCAUUAUCUAAUGCUGCCAAGCACUUCCUCUCACAUUGCUGUGUACCGCAGAUGUGCUCAUCAGUCACUUUCGAUUCUGCUGUGUGGAUGGAGCCAGACCUCACCUGUGUUAGGGCAGGACACUCUGGCCAUGCAAUGGUAGUGGUCCACUGGCUGUGCCAAUCAGGUCUGAAAAAUGCUUACUGGGAGAGCCAGCAGAAGGCCUGGGCCAUGGUCAUGCCUGAGUUUCCUCUAGCAGGUGGAAGGGUUUUGGCUGAAUGCAUAUUUCUUGGGCAUAAACUUUCUGAGCCUCUGAAAUAGCAGGCUUGUCAACUUCAGACUAACCUCAAGCCAUUAUAACAUACCCAUUAUGUGUGAUGCCUUUGACUUCUACCUGUACGUAUUCCCCCGCCUCUCAGUUUUUUAAUUCUCUGACCAGUGAAGAAGAGUUACUUGGGAAAGUAAAGGUCAAUAAAGAGUUGCGCAUGCUGAA